UUCUUUUUCUUUUAUGCAUCGUUUUAUCGGUUUCCUUUCCUUAACGCCUUGUAAUAAGAAAAAGAACAAACAACAAAAAGAGAAGAAAAUCAGCAAACCAAACAGAUAAAAUAAAUACAUAAAAUUCACUAAUUUCUUCAAAAUUCACUAAUAAUAACAAACCCAUUAAGAAAUUAGCACACCCAUUUCUUCACACACCGGACUCGAUCUAAUACUCUUAUCACCGUUCAUCGAUCAUCUCCGCCGAUUAAAAGGCAGAUUUUCGAUACAUGCCCACGCCGAGUUUUGUUAAAUGACAAUGGCUGCUCCAGCAUCUGCGAAGACGAAAGCGUAUGAUUAUGAUGAUGACGACGAGGAUGACAUGCCCUUGGUUUUUAAAAGGAGCAGUCACUCAACAUCUAAGCAGAAUCAAUCGAGCACAGCAGAUGUGAAGAAACCAUUAUCGUCGUCUCAGAGCUCUAAUGGUCAAAGCUCGAAUGCCCAGAAAGGUAAAACCGCUGUUCCAUCUUCGAAGGGACCGCCGGUGAAAUCUCCAAUAGGGAGCCCUAAAGCGUCGACUUCAUCUGCCAAGGUAUCUCCAUUGAGGUCGCCAGUGGCGAAUUCAAAAGGAUCGGGUUCUGUGGAUGAACGUUCAAAACAAAUAUCUAAACAAAAUGCAGCUCCAUUGAGGUCACCAGUGGCAAAUUCAAAAGGAUCGGGUUCUGUGGAUGAACGUUCAAAACAAACAUCUAAACAGAAUGCAGCUCCAUUGAGGUCACCAGUGGCAAAUUCAAAAGGAUCGGGUUCUGUGGAUGAACGUUCAAAGCAAAUAUCUAAACAGAAUGUAACUCCUUUGAGGUCACCAGUGGCAAAUUCAAAAGGAUCAAGUUCUGUGGAUGAACGACCAAAACAAAUAUCUAAGCAGAAUGCGUCUAAUAGUGUGAAGGAAGAAGUCAAUUCUGUUAAACGCGAACCAGAACUCAAUUCUGUAAAACAUGGAAUUGAACCCCGCCCUAUAAAACCUGAAACAGAAACGAAGAAUGAUGAUGAUGAUUCUGAGGAUGAUAUGCCAUUGAGUGCUAGAAAAACGGGAAACUCAAGUACUGCUGAUAAAGGGAUCAACUCUAACAAUGGCAACAAGGUGGUUACUGCACCUAGUCCUGUCAAAGAUGAAGAGUCAGAUGAUGAAGAUGAUAAAGUCCCCUUAUCGUCACGAUUCCCUAUGAAGUCAAGUGCAGGGACAUCGGGUAUCAAGUCUAACAACAUCAGUGAAAAGAAACCUCUGGCUUCAAAAUUUCAACAGAAUGGUUCUACCUCGAAGGACAAGCAACAGAAAGAACCGCUAGGGUCAACUAAGAGACCUGCGGAUAAAGCUAAUUUACCAGAUAAUUCUUCUGCUAAAAGGCCUAAGCUUUCUGAUGCAUCCACAAUAGCAAAAGUUAAGCAAGUAACUGUGAAGGCAGACAGCAAGGAAGAUGAAGAUGACAUUCCAAUUGCUCAAAGAAAGAAGAAUUUAGGCAUUUCUGAGAAUAAAUUAUCAUCUGCUAAGAAAAAAACCGCAGUUUUUGCUUCAUCGUCUAAAAAGAUGAAUAAGAACAAGAAACAAAUGAAAAAUACAAAAUACUCUAAAUCGACAAAACUGAAUCCUAGCUCCUCCGAUGGGCAGAAGAAAUGGACAACCUUGGAGCACAAUGGUGUAAUUUUUCCACCUCCUUAUAAGCCUCAUGGAAUUAAGAUUCUGUACAAGGGGAAGCCAGUUGUUUUGACUCCUGAACAAGAGGAGGUUGCAACAAUGUUUGCCGUGAUGAAAGAAACAGAUUACAUGCAAAAACCACAGUUUCUCGAGAAUUUCUGGACUGACUGGCGGAAAAUACUGGGAAAGAACCAUGUAAUACAGAAUCUGCAGGACUGCGAUUUCACCCCAAUAUAUGAAUGGCAUGAACGGGAGAAGGAGAAGAAGAAACAAAUGAGUUCAGAAGAGAAGAAGGAAUUGAAAGAAGAGAAAAUGAAACAAGAGGAGAAGUACAUGUGGGCUGUUGUUGAUGGUGUGAAGGAGAAGGUUGGAAAUUUCAGAGUUGAACCGCCUGGGCUAUUUCGAGGGCGGGGAGAACAUCCUAAGAUGGGGAAGCUGAAAAGGCGCAUCCAGCCUAGUGACAUUACAAUCAAUAUUGGAAAAGCUUCCCCAAUUCCUGAAUGUCCUAUUCCCGGUGAAAGCUGGAAAGAAGUAAAGCAUGAUAACACUGUUACAUGGCUAGCUUUCUGGAAUGAUCCAAUCAAUCAAAAAGAAUUCAAAUAUGUUUUCUUGGCAGCUAGCAGUUCCUUGAAGGGGCAAAGUGAUAAGGAGAAAUAUGAAAAAGCAAGAAAGCUGAAGGAUUACAUACACAACAUCCGAGCAGCUUACCAAAAGGAUUUCAGGAGUAAAGAUCCUACAAAGAAGCAAAUAGCAGUUGCUACCUAUCUUAUUGAUAAGCUAGCUCUUAGGGCGGGUAAUGAGAAGGAUGAUGAUGAAGCGGAUACUGUUGGUUGUUGUACACUUAAAGUAGCAAAUGUAGAGUGUAUUUCUGGAAGCCAUAAUUUAAAGUUUGACUUCCUUGGUAAAGAUUCUAUUCGAUAUGAAAACACAGUUGAGGUUAAACCUGAGGUGUAUGAUGCAAUUGGAACCUUUCAAAAGGGUAAAAAGCAAACUGAUGAUCUUUUUGACAAGUUGGAUACAACUAAACUGAAUGCGCACUUAAAGGAACUCAUGCCUGGUCUUACGGCAAAAGUUUUCCGUACAUACAAUGCGUCAAUUACUUUAGAUGAAAAGUUAUAUGAAGACACCGAGGAUGGUGAUGUUGCAGAAAAUGUUGUCAUUUAUCAAAAAGCGAACAAGGAGGUUGCAAUCAUCUGUAAUCAUCAGCGUACUAUCUCAAAAACUCAUGGUGCACAAAUGUCGAAGUUGAUUGAGAAAAUUGACGAGCUUAAGGACAUUGUGAAAGAUCUAAAAACUGACUUGGACAGGGCAAAGAAGGGGAGGGCCCCAUUAAAGGACACAGACGGAAAGCGAAAGAGGGUCUUGACUCCCGAAGCCAUAGAGAAGAAGAUAGCAUCAACUAAUCAAAGAAUUGAUAAAAUGGAACUGGCUAUGAAGACCAAGGAGGAUCUUAAAACUGUGGCAUUAGGCACAUCAAAAAUCAAUUACCUCGAUCCCAGGAUCACAGUCGCAUGGUGCAAGCGACAUGAUGUUCCGAUUGAAAAGAUUUUCAACAAAUCUCUUCUAGCGAAGUUCACUUGGGCAAUGGAUGUGGAUCCUCAAUUCAGAUUCUGAUUCAUGCCAAGUUGAGAUGUAACAAUGUAGUAUCGACUCAAAAAUGAGCCCGGAAAAGGAUCAAAGAAAUGAAAAAAGCGUACAAUCCUCUUUUUUAAUUGCUCUCAUUACAAUCAAUUUAACAUUUUUUUUCUCAUGUCGCGCAGAAAAUUAGUGUUGUAUGGUCGGUCUAAUCUAAUCAUGGGGCGAUUGCCCUGUUCUUCGUACUGUUUCCGGAUAGUAAGGAGUCGGCAACAAGAAUUGUUUGCUAUGGACAUUGAGAAUCAGGAUCUAACAAUAUGAAUUCGGAGAACUUUUGAAUGAAACAUUCACAAGUAUAUGUUAUUGGUUUUAA